UUCCCGUUCCCGGUCUCAUCCCGGUUGCUUCAAAAAAAACCGGGAAGAGGGACCCGAAAACCGGGUUCGGGUCCCAGACCCGUUCCGAUCUCUAGUCUUUCAUUUACUUAUUCGUUUGAUUUUUCAUGAUUUUUUUUAUUUCUUUGAGCAUACUUUACUUCCAAUUAUUGAUCAUUUCAGUCCAGCUGACCUGUAUUUUUCGGCCCUAUGACAUUAGAGUCCCGGGAUCCCGUAACGGGAUUUUUUCAACAUUUUGUACGGGACUGGAUCCCGCGGGAUUAAUCCCGUAAAUCCCGUUUUCCGCGAAAAACCCGGGAUUCCGGGACGGGAUCCCGUAAAAUCCCGCGCGGGGUCUCGUGUCGAUCUCUACUAUUUAAUUUCCUCAGACUCUAUAGUGUACACUUUUUUAAUUUUUUGACAUUUUCCUCCCUCACAUUUUUAAACGUUUUAAAAUAAUUUUCAAACUUUUGUUCAUUUUA